GCCGCCUCACGGAAAUCUCUGAUUCCCGAACGGCCCCUGGGGCACACAGGAGCUCCAGGGCACCCUUGGAUUCGCCAAGAUCGACGACGAGCGUGCUCCUGGACCUUCUGACAGCACGGCUUCCGUUCGUGCGCGUCCACUGCAGAAGUGGGGCAGAACCUCCGUCGGUUGGCGCCGUGCCGAGGCGACGUGUGGGAUUUCAUACGGGAGCGCUUCGGAUCCUCGCACGGCGGCUUCCAGGCCGUGGACGAGCCCAGGGCAGGCACCGUCGGCGCGGAGGUGUUCGCCGACGUCAUGGUCUCGCAGCACGGCUACCACUCGAAAGAGGACGUCAGGGCCGCCUUCCAGUUCAUGAACAUCCACCGCAAGAACGCCAUCUCCCCGAAGGACUUCGAGGUGCUGGAAACGCUGGACGCGGACAGGUUCCUUGCGGACGUGGCUUCGACUGUCUGGAGCAGAAGCACGGCAGCCUGCGCACCGCCUUCCAGAGGUUCAUAG